ACCCAAAUUGACGCAAGUUGCGUUCGGUCAGACAUAGUAUGCGUUCCCUCUCAGGUCUGAUCCGGAUUGCAUUCACAACCCAUCAUUAAACCCGAACCAACUCCAGAUCCAUCAUAAAAACCCGAUUCCAAACCCACUAAAACACAAAUCUCAAUCAACUUUUCACAUUUACCGUGCCAAUUCACUGCCUCUUUCCCAAAUCUUUCUCCACUAUUUUCAUCUUUUUCAUCUUAACCCUCAAGAACCCUAACCCUUUCAUCUCUCAUAACUCACUCAAUUCUCCACCAAAUCAAGUCGUUCUUGGGUCUAACCUCACUAUUUUCUCGAGAGGAUUACAUUGCACCGAUUAUUUUCGCGAAAAUCUUCACGAUUUGUGGAGAUUUGUGGACACAUUGGGUCCGAAAAUUGGGGUUUCUGCUAGGUUUCAAGUUUUAAAGAUAUUUCUUGUCUAGCUCCUUGUUUAUUCAUCAUCUAAGGUGAAAAUGGGGAGAUCAAAGGAACUGCCUGGUGGUAAAGGGAAGAAGAAAGCUGAAGCCUUGUCAGCUAGGGUGUCAAAACGGCGUAAGAAACCCACAGUUAUCGAACAUAGUGACCCCGGAGAUUCUGAUUUUGAUCCCAUGGAUGAGGGAAAUGAGACAAAUCAAAGAGCUCAAGAAGGAGAAGAGGGUAAUCAUGAGCUAGAGUUGGUGUUUGAGGCAGAUGGUUUGCCUAGAUGGAAAAAGUCAGAAAGGUUGUCAAGGUUCCCUGAAGAGUGGCGGGCCCCGUUAUAUAAAAAGAAGAUUGCAAAAAGUAAGCAAGGUCGAAAAAAAUUGUUCUUAUGUGAAAGGAAGGUUAAUCUUGAGGAGUUUGGUAGGUUCGGUGUUACCGAGUGUUUUGAUAGGUUGGGGUGGCGUGAGUUUCUAGAUUUCAACUAUGAAGGAAAGCAAGAGGUGUAUAUGGAUGAAAUUUUGGAAUGGAUGUCCACGUUGGAGAAAAAAGAAAAUGGUUCGCCUGACAAAACAGAAUUAGUAGGAUUUGUGAACGGAAAAAAAGUGGUGCUAUCUUUCGCUAUACUUAGGAAAUAUGCAAAGUAUGAUACGAGGGCUACUAAUGGUGACCCUUAUGAAUUCCCAUCCGAUGACACCUUGGCAGUCGAAGAGGCAAAAGAGGAGAAGUGGAUAUCAAUGAUAAAGAAGUUGUUUGAUGUACCUUUCGACACUGAUAUCCCUUCGUGGCCAUUGUGGAAAGAGAAUUUGCAUGUUUUCCCUAGGUUGUUGCACAGCUUUGUGAUAGCCAACGUGAUGCCGCGCACCAGUGACACGGACAGGGUGCGUUUGUAUGAGGUGAUGAUUUUGUAUGCUUUGAUAACGGGUUCUCCCAAAUUGUCGGCUCGACAUUUAAUUAUGUACAACAUUUGGGAGUCGAGGGAGAGGCAAGCUAAGAAAACAAUCCCACAUUGUAGAUUGUUAUCAAAGAUGCUACUGAAGCAGGGGGCGAUCCAAAUGGGAGUGAGGGGAGAGAAAGUACCACAAAACCCAAUUAAGAUGAGUACAUUUUGUCGGAAUUCGUUGUGGACGUACGAGUUGAGAAGGAAGAUGCACAGGUUAAAGGUUGAUAGGACGGAUCAGUUUCUUGAGGCCCCGAGAUCGGAUGUUGAAGAUGAGGAGGAAGAGUCAGAAGAAGAGCAAGUUGGGGGACGAAAAGGUAGGAUACAGGUUAUGCCUGAACCUGUUGUGACAGGUUUCCCUCCCGAGUUACAUGGGUCAUUGUACUACAAACAUCUUCAUGAAGUGAUGACUCAAGCUCGACCAGAUGAGUUCUUUAGCUGGGAAAAAAGUACUCGAUUGAUGUAUGAUAGGCAAACCCAGGGGUUAGAAGAGGACCGCGUGUUUAGGAAGGCUAUGAUGUAUCAAUUAGAGAAUUUCAGAAAUCAAAACUGGCUACAUCAAGAAAAUAUUAGGCAUGACCAUGAUUAUGCACGUGGAUGGGAAUACACAGAGAGGCCGAUGCCCCGAGAUUGGAAGGAUCCUGAGAUGUUCCCUUAUGAGGUAACACAACAGAUGCCUCGAUACCCACAGUCUAUGCCAUCUGAGUGGGUGCCACCACACCCACCUGCGCCACCUGAGCAGGGAUCCAGUUCGUCUAGCUCUACAGAUCCACAUGGGGUAGUGGCUCUUAUUAGGGACAUGUAUCAGUGUACCUUUGGGCCGCCUUAUCCCCCGCCUCCAUAUGAUGGGUAGAUCACUCGCUGAUCGGAGUUGCACUCACGAUCAGGUCCAUGUGUUCUUUUACAUAUAUCUUAUUGCAUGGUCAUGAUUAUACUGUGUGGGUGUGAUUUGAACUCCUUGUACUUUUGCAUCUUUGCUUUGUUUGCUUGUGUUUAUUUAUUUUUAUUUUUAUUUUUUGUGUGUUUAAUUUUGGUGGUGUUGAAAAACAAUGUUAGGGAAUGUUAUGUUAUUUAGUUAAUGGUUGUUGGGGGUGAAUCUUGGAAUAGAAAUGUUGGGCUUAAUUGGUUAAACUCCUUGUUCUCAUAUGUGCCAUUAAAAACACUAUACAUUGGGGACAAUGUAUCUCAAGUGUGGGGAUGAGGAGAAUAAAAAAAAAUGAUCUUCAAAAAAAAAAAAAAAAAAAAAAGGAAAUUUUGCCCUUAAGUAACUCAACCAAAACUUGAAAACCAACGAGCACCAUUAACUGUUUACCUUCCGGAGCAUAGAUGUUGGUCUUUAGUCAUGGUCAUAAACUCUUUAAGUUCCUUGAUAAAGUCUUUUCAGUGAGAGUUUUUGAGAAAAAUUUAUAGAAUUGCCUAGCUAGGAAUAACAAGUUGUAAAGUAACACAUGUGUCACAUCGGUAACCCAAUCCUUUUUGUUUGUGAGAUCUUGAGCCUUUUCUUGAAUAUUUAUACAUAUUUGCUUAUUUGCAUUUAUUGAUUGUUUGAGAGUAGGCCUAUACAUUGCUUUGUUUGAGAACUUGACUGAUUUGAUGCAUGCCGAAACCACGAACUGAAUGCUUGCACAUAGAUGAUAAAGGCUUUUUAGGACAUCCUUCCACCUUACCAUUAAAAAAAAAAAAAAAAAAAAAAAAAAAAAAAAAAAAAAAACUCCACUUUAGUAGCCAUUUCUGUACCAUCUAUCUAUCUAUUUCUUAACCCAUUCAUCAUCAUAUCGCCCAAACCCACAAUCCAUGUAUGUUAUCCAUGUUCAUAAAAAAAAAAAAAAAAAAGAAGAAGAAGAACGGUUGUGAAAAGCAAUAAAGUUAUGGGUCAUAGUUACCCAUUUAUAGUCAUUUGUAGAAAUAAAUAAGGAUAUGUAGCUGGAUUCGUGUUUCUUACCUUAAACCACCAUUCUUCCAUAUCAUUAGCCAUAACCCAAAACUCAAAACCCAUAAAGUCCUUUGGAUAUGUGCAUCAUUCGUGUUAGUUGGUGAAAGUGUGAUUGUUUGUCAAGCAUAUUAAAACAAGCUUUGUAUUUUGGUCAUAGAGUGAAUAAAUACUAGUGCACACUUGCUAGUUUUCCUUUGAUUUCAAACCGAGAGGAGAGAACAAUUGUGAGGGGUGUGAACACUUGUGAAACUUGAAGAUUAGUUAAACUUAGUUGGGCAAUUGCUUUGUUUAAUAAAUGUUGCAUCAUUUUACUCACUGAAAUAGAAAUCUAUUGAUAGGCGUAAGUCUUGUGAGUUAGGGUAUGACUAUUGACCAUGUCUGAGAACUAGUAAGGGAAUGGGAAAUGCGUUGCUUUUAAUGGUUGGAUGGUAAUGAACGAGUUUGCUUGAGGGCAAGCAAAUGAUAAGUGUGGGGAUGUGAUGGGUUGGUAAAUUUCCAAAGCUUAACGUGUUUAAUUUUACUGAUUUGUGUGAAAUUGAGUUUUAGAAUACACUACUUUGAGAUGGUUUGUAUUUUGCAGGCCUUGAUAGGUUUAAGGUGUAUUUUGGAAGCUUUACGAGCUUUGGAAUGAAGGUAACAAGGAAAUGAUGCAUUUAGGAGCUUACCGGAGCUUAACCAAGUGCAUUUCGGUAACUACUUGAGAAAUGGGAAGCACAUGGAAGCAUAUGGAAGUAAUCGAGAGUGGUUUUGAGAAGAAUGGUGAAAACAUGGGAUGAGAACGCAAGUUACUUCAUUCGGGACGCAAUAGAGGGCGCAUAAAAGUGUGGAUUUCAGAGCAGGGACACAUAAUGUGUCCCUGAGGACACAUAAUGCGUCCCUCAUCAGUUACAAAUCGUAAAAAUCCCCCUUUUGACUAGGAAAAGUUAUCAUUCAAGGUAGUCUUGACACAUACGAAUUGGGGGGUUUUGCUAGGCGAUUUUGGGAGCUUUUUGAGAGAUUCUUGAAGAUUCAAUCCAUCCCUUAUCACAUUCCAUCACGUCUUGAAGAUCAAUCAUAAACCAUGAGUGGCUAAUUUCCCCAAGAUCAUCCCCGGGUGAAAGAUUGUGAGUUUCUAGGGUUUGUUUUUUCAUGUUUUGGUUUGAUAUAAACAUUUUGUAAUCUUUUGAUUGAAAUUGUGCGGAUUGAUUGUUAGUAUUGUUUUGAACUCGAAAUUGUUAAGAUUUUCUUGCAUCAUUGACAUUGAGAGAUGAUUACUA